AUGCUAGGCUACGGAUCCUCGAUGGUCACCACAAGAACAGUUAGCGACUGUAUCUCCCUCCCAAUCCGCAUGACCCCAGGAUCCUUCCCCGAUAAAGAAUUCCUCGCAGCAAAACCAACCCAUCCCAUAACCCGAUCAUGGCAGCAAAAUAACAUUGGAGACUCGAUCAUUGCGUUGUUGGAAAGACACAAUCUCGAAUUCUAUGCGGUUGAUUGUCUGCGUAGACCGCGGUUGUUGGCAUAUCUACAGCAUAUUCUGCGUGAUGAUCCUCUUUUCGAGAAUGAUAGUCAUACGAUUGUUAUCACGCUGAAGAAUAUGCCAGAGAACCACGUGAAUCUGUUUGAAGUCAUGGAGGAGAUUCAUUGGGAGCUGGUUGAUGGUAUCACAGUCGAAGUACGAAUUGGCAGAAUCGAGCUCUUUUACCCACACCGUCUCCAUCUUGGAUGCAGUAUUGGCCUUCAACACGACCCUCGAUCAAAUGGUACUGGUGGUGGCUAUGUGGAUCUAGUUGACAGGAACGGCGAGGUCGUUGCGCAAUGCAUUCUUACAUGUGAACAUGUUGUUCGGCCUUAUGUUGAAGGAGAUGAUGACAUGGAGCUGCUGCGGCCAAAGGCAGAUUGCGUCGAGCCAUAUAUUCGCGAUGCUCAAGAUCAAACACAAUUUCCCUUGUGCUGCGUGAGCCCCAGCAUUGUCGCAAACAUGGAAAGAGUUCAUGCCAACAAGAAGAAGCUCAUUCAUUUAGCGGCAGAAAUCCUCACAUCCAAAUAUAGCAGCGACAGAGAAACGUUCCCCCGUCACGAACUACAAAACCUGAAAUAUCAUCGAAACAAAAUCMAAGCCGAUACCAUCAAGUCCCUGAUCCGCGAUGAAAUAUUUGGGACUGUCUACGCAUCAUCGGGUUACAGCUUCUCGCGACACAACCAUCGACUAGAUUGGGCCUUGAUUGAGGUUGAUCCCACUCUAAUCCCCAAGAUUCGCAGGAACAAAGUCAAAGAUCUCAGCCGCACCGAACGUGAUUGGCGACAAAUCCUGCAUGCAGUCAAGCCUCGCAAAAUGGCGGUUGUUUACAAACAGGGUUCUGCCACGGGUACUACCGUGGGCGUCGUCAAUUCAAUACAGAGUCAUGUCGUCUCUUACGAAGCCGAUGGCAAGCGAUGCAUUACGAGAGAAUGGUGCGUCGUCCCUGCUGCAGACCCGGAUUGCUUUGCUCGCGUUGGGGAUUCAGGAUCGCUGGUGUUGGAACGGAAUACGGCGAAUGUGAUGGGCAUGAUUUUUGGGGGACAUAAGAAUGGAGGGCCAGUUUAUUUCACUUCGAUUACUGCAAUUGCUACGCAUGUUGAGAAGGUGACUGGAUUGAGGGUUCAGCUGCCGGGUGGAGGUAUUAUUAGACAUUGA